CCGACGAGUUUCGACAAGCCGCCAUCAUGUCUCUCGUCUCCGGAGAGAAGUCGAACUUCCAGUACAUUAUCCGUCUCCUCAACACCAAUGUUGACGGAAAGCAAAAGGUCAUGUACGCCUUGACCAAGAUCAAGGGUGUCGGUCGCCGAUACUCCAACUUGGUCUGCAAGAAGGCCGAUGUUGAUCUCAGCAAGCGUGCUGGUGACCUCACCUCUGAGGAGCUUGAGCGCCUCGUCACCAUCAUCCAGAACCCUCUUCAAUACAAGAUCCCCACCUGGUUCCUUAACCGACAGCGCGACAUUGUCGAUGGCAAGGACUCACAGGUCCUCGCUAACGGAGUCGACUCCAAGCUCCGUGACGAUCUCGAGCGCCUGAAGAAGAUCCGUGCCCACCGUGGUCUCCGACACUACUGGGGCCUCCGCGUCCGUGGACAGCACUCCAAGACCACCGGUCGUCGUGGACGUACCGUUGGUGUGUCCAAGAAGAAGGGAUAA